ACGAAGUGUCGUCGUAUAGAUCGUUAGCUGACUGGCUGUCUGGCUGAAAAUAGUGAACGAGUUUUCGAAAUAUGUUCGAAUAAAAGUGAUUACAGUGAGUGAUUGUCAUCUAGCAAGAUGGUUGAUGACGUGAGAGAUAUUACGGAAACCGCUGAAAAUAAAGCGUCUGUGGAUGCUAUAGACAGAGCCAGAUUAGCACGCGAGAGACGUGAAGCGGAACAAAGGAAGAGGCUGGACGAGUUGCGGGCGCACGCAGCGGCCGCGCAGGCGCAGCGAGAGAAGAGAGACGAGGAGCGCCGCCGGCGGCAGGCAGAACAACGCGCCAGAGACGAUGACAGAAGGCAACAGGUAAACCACCAAGUGGAGGAGCGCAAGCGCGCGAUAUGGGAGGCGUCCAUAUCUCGGCGGGAGGCGCUGCUGCAGCGCGAGCGCGAGCGCACGGAGCGGCUGGAGCGUGCGCGCGCCGCCCGCUCCGCGCCGCGCCCCGCUUUUGCCUUUGGCUCGUCCACACCACGACUCCUCGAGCCCCUAGAUUCCGCAGGCUUCUUUUGGGCCGCGCGCAGUACCAACCCCAUAGAUCAGAUGAACUUUUUUGAAUCACUGGCGGCAUCAACAACCAAUGUGAUGUUCGCGUCUGCGCCACUCACAAAGCGCGCCUCAGCGUUACAACUUGACUCCGACAUCGAUAACAAAGACGAGCCCGACCGCUCACCGCAGCCCGUAAUGUGGUCGUCGGUGGCUAGGCGCCGCACCGACUUGGUACCUACACUGCCGGCACCGCGGGCCCCAGGUAGGGCUUACUCGAUGACCAGACUCGACAAGAUCCCCUCGCAGCGGCCGCUCCACUCCGCCUCGCCCUCCAUGCAUCACCUCAACAGGACCCAGACGCGGUCGGGAGAGACGACGCCGGGUUCUAGGCCGGGCAGCGCCAUGUCCAACGCGACAGGCGUAGUCCGACGAGCUGCUUCGGCCCCGAGGAAGCCACGCCCGGCCUCCAUUGCCGGCACAGGAGUCAACACGCCCAGAGGCGGCGGUGACAUGAUGUCGCUAAGCGUGGCGACGACGCCCUCGGUGUCGCGCGACGGCACGACCAUGGCCGGCGGAGACGUGCCGCGGCGCGGACAGACCACACCUCGUCGCCCACGACCCGUCUCUAUGCACGCUGCCGCUAAACCUGCUUCAACCAAUCCGGCAGACGGCAAGCCGCCAGUACACAGAAAGCCAAAGCCAGCCAAAGAUCACGAUAAGACUCCGCGCGGCAAGUCGCUGUCAGCGUCGCCCGGACGCACCUUGUCUCCGACACCAGCCGCUUCUAAGGAGCCUAGCGUCGACAAAGAAGUCGCUAAGAUCAAUAAUCACGUCAUAACAGACAAGAACCAGGUGAGCGCAAUCGAGGUGACACAAAAACUGGAAGCCUUGCAGAUCCAGAAUGGAGAGGAGCAAACGCACGCUCACAACCAAAAUGUAGAUGUUAAGGUAAGCGAAAACAAAGAAACCGUAGAAGUUAAGCCGCAAGAGAAAGCGACCGAAACCCCCAAACCGGUAGAGAUUGCCAACGAACACAAAGCAGAAGCACAGAAGCCAGUCGAGAAGAAAGAAGACAAACGAGAGGAGAAGAAGGAACCUUCGCAAGAGAAGACUGAUGAUUCAGAAAUGACAGCGUCAAUGACGGCUCGCCGUAUAACGACCGAGGAGGAGGCCAAGGCCGCGCUAGCUGAGAGGCGCCGCCGCGCGCGCGAAGAGCUUGAGAGGCAGGCAGAGCUCGAGAGGCAAAGACUACAGCGCGAGGCCGAAGAGGAAGCAGAGAGACAGCGGCAAGAAGAAGAGAGGCAGCGGCGGGAGGAGGAGGAGGCGAGAGAGCUGGCGCAGCUGCAACGCCGUAUGGAAGAGGAGAAGCUGCGGAAGGCUAUUGAGGCGCAGCAGCAGUUGGAACGGGAAGAAGCGGAGCGUAAGGCGCGCGAAGAGUCUGAGCGCCAAGCCCGCUUGAAGGAAGAUGAGGAGAAGAGGAAAGCUGCUGAGGAAGCAGAGAAGAUCCGCAGGGAGGAGGCCGAGCGAGAGGAGAAGGAGCGGCUAGCGCGCAAGUUGCGCGUAGAGGCUAUCAUGGCGCGGACUCGGCUCAAGAAGCAAGCGGAAGAAGAUAAGAAGCAACAGGAGAACAAAGGGCAGGCGCAGACGGGGUCUACCCCUGCCGCUCCAGCCGCCGAUCAGCCCGCGCCGACCCCGGCCGACAACGGCAACGCUGUCGCCACUGGAGAUUUACUGGGAUUCGCCGCUAGUCAGCCAGAAGAAACAAAACCUCAAGAGGAAGUGAGCGCUCCACAAUCAAACAACGCCGCGCCGGCACCGGCCAAGGAAUCGAACCCCACACCCAACAACGGCAACGUCACUGCCGAUCUACUGGACCUGUCCGAACAAAAUAAUAUUGAGGACAAUACGCAAGAGCAGACGUCAGCAGCAAACAACAAGCAACCAAUAGAUAAUUCACCGAAUGCCAAUGCUCCGACAGUAGAAACCAACAAUGGUAACGUCCAACACGUUUUGGAACCGAACACCAAUGCAGGCCACAUAUCGGCCAACUUCAUCCAAACUGAACGGAUGUCCGCAGAGCAUAGUCAAAAUAAGUUGCCUGAAAAUGUACCAAAACUAAUCGAAGACGAUUUCACUGCGCACAACGGUCAUGGGGCGACUCACAAUCAUCCUCUGACGUUGCAAAACGCAAUAUAAAUUAAAAUAGGAAUGAAUAUGAAAUGCGAGCGGUUUUCAUAACGUAUAUAUUGGCUGCCGGCGACGUGAGGUGAGUAGUAGCGAACAAAUCGAGGUAGACCCAUAAUAAUAUAUAUUCGACUGAAUUAGACAACUUACGUGAUAUUGGAAUAUAUCAUGAGAACAUAUUGGAAAUUUAAAUAGGUAUAGAAAGGGAAAAUAUGGAGGAAAAAAUAUAAAAGAAAUAUUGCAAUUGUAUGUAAGGUGCCUUUUGUAAAUAAGUUAUUUUUUUGGUGCUAUGGAUUUUUAUUGAACCAUAUAUAUUAUUGAAACUAUGUAUGUACCUUAUUUAUUUCAUGCGUAGAGAAUUGUUUGAUUGUGCACCUAUAUAGUGAGUUUAUUGAAGCAGUAGCAAUUAUUUUCCCUAUAGUAUUUUGGAAUGACGUUACUUUAGGAUAAUACGGAUCCUCAUGUGGAUUUUGUUGAGUUCCCAGUCUUGUUGCAGCCAAUAUGUAUGAUAUAGAAAACAGGAUGUUGGUGUCUGCUACUCUAAAACCUUCACUGAAAUAUCCUCGGAUUUAGUGGGUUUCAUUUGUGUACGUAUUAAAAAUAUCAACUCUGUUUCUGCAAGGAACUAUUUCAUAUACACAAUACUCGGAUAAAUGAAAAAUAUGUUUUGUGUUGUAUUGUCUGGCUGAGAGAGCUGUACGCCGGCGACUUGUAACGCGGGAAACCCGAUGGCCGGGGCUCAUUUUCGAGACUAUAAUCUCUAGUCAAUGCUAACAACAAAAACCUAGUGGUAUAACCGUGUGUUGUGUAUGGAAUUUGAAUAGUAUUGCGGGUGAUACGCAGAAAAUAUAGAUAAUUGCGGAAGAGCGAGAUAGUAAGUACUUUCGUAUUACUAGUGAAACUACAAUACAUAUAUUGGCCCCGAUUCCUGCAGACACCUCCUAGUUUUAUUUUAAGGGAAUACCCGUCAUUUUCUUAUUUGCCGAAAAGGAAAUGACGGAUGAUUGACAACUGUUAAUCUUAAAAUGAAUGAAAAGCCCGAGCGAAUAAAAUAUGCAUCUCGCUCGUAUGCAAUGCGUGUGCUGUGAACUUAAUUCGGUCGGGUUAUUGGCCAAUAGAAAAUUUUGGAAGGGUUUAUUUUAAUUUCUACCUAAUAUUGACGUGUUCCAUAAUUUUUUUUUUUCCCUUUUUGGCGGAUAAGAAAAUGACAGGUAUAACUUAAAAUAAACUCAGAUGGUGUAUACGGGAAUCAGCACCAUUGACUAAAAUACUAAGCUAGAUUUUUCAAUGAAAGCUAGUACUUCUAAUAUUUUAAAGUGGUAACAUUUGAAUGUAAUUAUUUACGUCAACAUGUAGUAUGCGAUGGUGCCUUCGCCGCUUCCCCUCCCCCGCACUUCGACCACGACCCAAGAUGUGAUACAGAUUAGAGUAGCAGACUUGGAAAGACACUAAAUUAUGCUAAAUAAUGAUUAUUAAUGCAUUUAUAUUGCAAAUCCUUGAUUCUACUAAGAUUGAUAGUUAUUACAAUUGGGUAUGCUAAAAAAGAAUUUGGCAUUUCUUUUUAAUGAUAAUAUACAUUAUUUUAAGAAAGUAAUAUAAUUGCUUGUUUUAACUUUUAGUUCACUGGAUAUUUCCAAAUAUAUGUUUUUAAAUUUUAUUACCUUGAUGACGUGAUACACGCAAAACGGAACGACUUGUUACUUUUUAACGAUUUACAUUGUCAAAAUAUAUAUUAUUUUUAUUACCAGCCAAUCACGAAAUAUGUUUUCUUUAUUGGAGGUCUUUGGCCUGUUUUCCUGUGUCAAGUUUAUUUUAACGUGACCAACGUCUUAGGGGUAGAAUGGUCAUCGAGAUUUUUUAAUUAUUUUAAAGUAAUUUUUAACUUGAUUUUCAAUCUCAGUUUUUAAUAGAAAAAUAUGGUAUCAUCAUCAUCAUAUGGUAUCAAACCAAAUUAUCUCCAUAAUUUAGCAUACCCAAUAGCAAAAUUAAAUAAAUUAAGGAUCAUAAUCACUGCUUAACUUUCUUCAUGUUACGAAAAUAAAAAAAAAUAUUUUCAUACAAUAAUAUAACAUUUCUUUGUUAGUGUAUGUAGGUAAUGAGUGGAUUAAAAUAAAAGAUAUAUUAAUAGGAUCAGGGACUAAUGGAAUUAAUGUCAUUAAUGAUUCUAUUAAAAAUCAUUAACAAAUCGACUUUGACGGUAUCAUUUAGGUUGUGUAUAAGAUGCUGUGGUAAUAGCGUAAUUAUUACACAGUGUGCAUUACAUUUACUUUGUAUAAAUUUUAAGUUUUAUUUAUUGUGAUGUUGUAUUAAAAAUAAUAAGAAUCCCGGCUGUAGACCUGCAAUUUGUUCGUCACAAAAAUGACUCAUAUGAACAAUUUCACUCCUCUCAGUAAAUAUACUUGGAGAACCGCUCCACUACCGUGACGAUGGACUUGUUGGGACUUGGGGAAGUGGAUGUGCAAUACAUUUUUUAUGUAAAUGUAUUAAAGUGUGCGCCCAUUUCCAAGUGCACAACACGGACUGAGAGACAAUGCACCGAGCGGGAACUCGCUCACUCGCCUUGGACAUAACCAGUGAUAACCCACACAUACAGAUGCUUGAGUUAUCGAUAAUUCCAGUAGAACCUUGAAGUAAUGUUACGAUUGGUCAAAUUAACUUGUUAUUAUCUUUUCGAACAAGCAAUAAAAUGACACGCAAUAAAAGCUAUAACGUGCAUUAAGAACAAUAAUAUAUGUGUUACAGCAAUAGAAUUGUACAGGGGGGUUAAAAGACCACAACUAAUCAAUUCAUCUAUAAAAGCAAUAUUGCAAUGGGAGAUUUUCUUUUUUAGAGUCAAAAAAUAAUAAUAGUUCUCAAUAACUCGUCAGAUGGCGCUUAACCAACUACGUUACUGGGCCAUUGCCAAAGAUGCCACGAACUAAUAAGAGAUUGAUUCAUUUUUCCUUGUUAUUUGCUUAUUUUCAAGACGUGACGUAAUAUGUAUUUUUUAUAACAAGUUUUGUUUUCAAAAUUUCAUCGCAGAAAAAUAAAUAAUUAAGGUUUCGUUAUUUGCAGUAACCUGCCAAGUUCAGCGCCAUCUAUCCAGCAGCUAGGAAUAAGAAUAAAAUAAAAAGAAAAUCCCUUAUUUGACAUUUGCGCAUUUAAAAGUAAGUGCGCAAUGCAAACAAAUAGCAACAUUGCUUUUUUAGAUGAAUUACUUUGACGUGGCUUUGUUAACCCCCCCUGCUCAUCACCAUAAUACACACAAUAUGGUCUUAGCAAAAUGAAUGUGGUAAUGUAAUAAAACAUAAUAAGUUAUUUAACACAUGCAUAAACAAUUUUUGUAUAAUAAGUAGUUAGCGUUCAAAAUGUAAUCUGUUUUUGCGAAAAGCUUUGCCCAUUUAGUUAUUUAUUAACGUAUUCAUUUCUUUCAAUGUGAUUUUAGAUAUGUUUAGUAUAUUUUGAGCGAUCUAUGUAUGUAUGAAUUUAUUUGAACAUUGAAAAUCUUACCUUAAUUUCACAAAGUGAAAUAUUAUCACUUUGUGAAAUUAUUCUUGUAGUGUGUUGGAACUUUAUCUGGUUAUCAAUACACUGUAUAUAGAAUCAAUUCAGUAUCACUACAUAACACACGUCUAUGAAUUAUGUUGAAUCAUUCGUAAACUGGAUACAGAUAUCCGUAUAAUAAUUAGUCGUAUAAAUAUAGUAGGUAUAAAUAACAAAUUCAAAAUUUCUUAAUUAUUUCAUGCUGGAAUCUAAAGUUUCUGACUGUAUAGGAAUUCCAUAUAAAUAUUAUUUCAAUUCAUAAAUAAGCAGUAGGUAACUGGUCCUUCUCCAGUAAUAUAAUGAUGGUUAUCUAGACUCUACCGUAGUUUUAUCCUCUGUACAGCUUUUAAAACAUUUGGCGUUACGAUUAGGUGAACGACUGAAAGUAAACGUAUCCUUGCUGUAAUAGCAAGCAAUGUAGCAAGGUUUUGUAACACUCUUUUCCAAAUUUAUUACGUACACUUUUUUGCUUGUAGGUAAUGUAUAAAUUUUCACUACAGCCCAUUUAUAUACGAUUUUAAUCAUGUAGGUGAAUAUACAAACGGCCUUAUUAAAAUUACUUAUACUUAAUGGUUGUUUCUUUCUUAUGAGUUUUGUAUAACAUUUUUGUAUAACUUUUAGUUGGUGUGGUUCGGAAACUCGUGGUGUUAGAGACAGAGAGAGGUGUUGGGCUCGAAUUAAAUUAGACUUCGUCCUGGUCGGCCAUGCUGGUAAAACUAGCUACACUCAAUAAAAAAAAUAUCUCUUAAAAUCCGUCCAGCGGUUCCAAAGUUGUAAAGAUAAAAAAAUUACUGGUUAAAUUUCUAUAGCUAUGUCUACAUCAGUGUGCAUUUGUGUUGAUUUUGCGUCUUCGGUGACGCGCGCACGAGUAACCAUAGCGCAUGCGCCAAAAGUAUUUGAAUAUCUGAAUGCCGCACGCCGAUCUACCAGUGUCUUUCCAACACAUGUCCGUAUACACAACAGGACCCUUCGUCUGAUUCGAUCGACAACCAGAGUUUCACUUUCGUAAUAUUUAGUACCUUCCGAGUAGUGUAAGAAAAAUAAUAGUACCUUUACAGUUAAACAAAAAACUUGAAUUAAUUUCCAGCAGGACCCUCCGUGGUUUGAAGGUCUUCAGACCAUUGGUGUAUAUCCCUGUAUAGCGGUGCAUUAGUACCUUCAGAUUAUCUUCGUUUUCUUUUAAAACAAAUAUUAGUUUAUAAGAAAUAAAUCUACAAAAUUUUUAUACUGCCAGCAGGACCCUUUUUUGUUUUGGUGCUUUCAGUCCAGACAUUCAUAUUUCCUAGCAGCAGUAUAUUAGUACUUUUCAAAAAAAUAUCGCUUAAUUAAAAAAAAAUGUAUUAAAAAGUAAUAAGACUGAUUCUUUAUCAGAGAAAAUAUUCUAACACUUUUAUUUAUGUGAUGCAACCAAUGAAAUAAAAAACAGUUUUCAUGUUAUAUUAGGUAGGUACGUAGUUUGAUAUCGUCAAAAAGGAAAACACAAUGAAAAUUAUAACAAAAAAUAAAUUAUAUUUACAAAAAUUUACAUUAGGAAUUAUCAAUCAAAAUUACAAUUACCAAUCAAAAUUACAAUUACCAAUAGAAAUUAUCAAUCAAACGUUGUUCAGCGUGGGUUAAUAAAGAUCAUAGUAGAUCAUUGGUUGCAUCACAUAAAUAAAAGUGUUAGAAUAUUUUCUCUGAUAAAGAAUCAGUCUUAUUACUUUUUAAUACAUUUUUUUUUUAAUUAAGCGAUAUUUUUUUGAAAAGUACUAAUAUACUGCUGCUAGGAAAUAUGAAUGUCUGGACUGAAAGCACCAAAACAAAAAAGGGUCCUGCUGGCAGUAUAAAAAUUUUGUAGAUUUAUUUCUUAUAAACUAAUAUUUGUUUUAAAAGAAAACGAAGAUAAUCUGAAGGUACUAAUGCACCGCUAUACAGGGAUAUACACCAAUGGUCCGAAGACCUUCAAACCACGGAGGGUCCUGCUGGAAAUUAAUUCAAGUUUUUUGUUUAACUGUAAAGGUACUAUUAUUUUUCUUACACUACUCGGAAGGUACUAAAUAUUACGAAAGUGAAACUCUGGUUGUCGAUCGAAUCAGACGAAGGGUCCUGUUGUGUAUACGGACAUUUCCAACACUGGUAGAUCGGCGUGCAGCAUUUCAUGCAUUUUGGAUGGCAUUGUUUGCUUUUAGGCUAAACAAAUACUUACGUGAGGGGCAUAAAAAUGAGUCUCCAGUAGGCAAAAAUAAUAUUUUACUAGUUUUAUUUAAGCGUGUAUCGCAUCUCGAUAAUGUUGUUAAAAGCUUGUAGAUAGUUAAGCGUGCCGCGUCCAUCUUAUGACCAACCAAAUGCAUGCGACAGGCGCACAGAUACAUACACCUAGAUAAAAUGUUGCAUGUAUCAUAUGUCACAGCUCUUGAAGCAAGGCGAAUUGUUAGUUGAAACGCAAUAUGAACAUGAAUCAUUAUCUGAGGUACAAAUAACGUAGCACAUCACCUACCUAGCACAAUCACAUGCAAAUCAGGACGAAGUAUAAUAUCAUUUCAUAAUAACUGAGCUCCCAACAGGCAAGUGUUCUUGCGUAGGUUACGAUUUUCACAUUAUAACUUUAUAUAUCAGCAAUUAUAGGUAUGAAUGAAUCCGAGUACAUAAAGUCGCAGGCGGUGCUUGGAACCGUUGCUUGUUAGCUGUCAUAUAAAAUAUGGUAUGUAAUGUUUUUAUGUAUAUCACACAUGGCUUCUAUGUACGUUAUUCUAUAUUAUGUUAGCAAUCGAUGGAUUUAUAAGGAGAAAGUUUAAUAAAAAAUAUAAAAUUUG